AUGACAAGGCAUGAUAUUGCUUUUGUAAUACAAGUGUUUAGCCAACAUAUGCAUGCUCCUAAGCAAUCACAUUUAGAGGCAGCUUUAAGAGUUGUUAGAUACAUCAAAGGAUCACCCGGACUUGGGUUGUUCAUGCCUGUUGCCAGUGAUCAAAAUUUAGUAGUAUACUGUGACACUGAUUGGGGAGCUUGUGUUGAAAUUAGAAAAUCAGUUACAGGUUAUGUAGUGAACUUUGGUGAAGCACUAAUCUCCUGGAAAUCCAAGAAGCAGGAGACUGUAUCUAGAAGUUUUGCUGAAGCUGAAUUCAGAAGCAUGGCUUCAACUUUUGCUGAGAUGACAUGGUUGAUUGAGCUGUUUAAGGAACUAGGAACUGAGAUAGAAGUUUCAGUUCAAUUAUUCUGUGAUAGUAAGGCUGUAAUCCAGAUUGCAGUUCAUCCUAUCUUUCACGAAAGAACAAAACAUAUAGACAUUGGAACACAUCAUAUCUAG